AUGGGCUCAAUAGACAAUCCCCCAUCAAGUGCAAUGGACACUUCCUUGGACAUCACAGUCCUCGGCCUGAACUCUGGCACUUCGAUGGAUGGCAUCGACUGUGCUCUCUGUCGCUUUAGGCAAGCUUCUCCCAGAGCACCUCUGCACUUUGAGCUGUUGAAAUACGACGAGGUGCCGUUGGAACCGAAGAUCAAGAAGCGCGUUAUGAACAUGAUUCUUCACAAUUCAACCACGCCGGAAGAAUUAUCAGAAGUCAACGUACUCCUAGGCGAGACUUUUGCCGAUGCAGCCAAGACCUUCGCGGCAAAGCACAGCAUCCCCCUGUCCUCGAUAGAUGCCAUUGGGUCGCAUGGCCAAACGAUAUGGCUGCUCUCGAUGCCGAAGGAGUACCAGACAAAAUCGGCUCUCACCAUGGCCGAGGGCUGUUUCAUCGCUUCGAGAACGGGCAUCACGUGCGUGACAGACUUUCGAGUAUCCGACCAAGCUGCAGGACGUCAAGGCGCGCCCCUGAUCGCAUUCUUCGACUCUCUCGUUCUGCACCAUCCCACCAAGCUCCGCGCUUGCCAAAACAUUGGGGGUAUUGCCAACGUUUGUUUCAUCCCUCCCGAUGUCAAUGGCACUUUGAACCAAGAGUUCUUUGAUUUCGAUACGGGCCCUGGAAACGUCUUUAUCGAUGCUGCUGUCCGGUACUUUACCAAUGGCGAGCGAGAGUACGACAAGGAUGGGGAGAUGGGACGAGCUGGAAAGAUCGACCAGGACAUGGUUGACCACUUUCUCACCACCCAUCCCUACUUUGCGCUUGACCCGCCCAAGACCACUGGCCGGGAAGUCUUCCGAGACACAUUGGCUCAUGAGAUGAUCGAGCGUGGCCUGAAAAAGGGACUGGAGCCCAACGACAUUGUCGCUUCGAUAACACGCAUCACGGCACAGUCUAUCGUCGACCAUUAUCACCGAUACAUGCCCAAGCAAUACGGCCCUCUUGCUGAGAUUUUCAUGUGCGGUGGCGGUGCAAAGAACCCCAACAUCACCGGCUACAUGCAGAUGGCCUUCCCAGAUACUCGCAUUGUUAUGCUGGACGAGGCCGGCAUUCCUGCCGAUGCCAAGGAGGCCAUCACGUUCGCAUGGCAAGGCAUGGAUGCAAUUGUGGGUAGAAGCAUCAAUGUCCCGGAUAGAGUCGAGACCAGAGCAGAAUACAUCCUCGGCAAGGUGAGCCCAGGAAAGAACUACCGACGGGUGAUGAGCAAGGGGAUGGGAUUUGGCGCCGGGCAGGAUCAUCUUCCCCCCGUGAGAGAACUGGUUAACUAUGUGAAUGGGAAGGUCUUUCACCACAAAGUAUAA